AUGAGUGCCCUACAUCGACCAAAACCUCUCCUGAAGCGAUUUAGGCACAACCACGUCGGCCAUACCUCGUUGGCUCCGGGUAGAUGUGGUAAAGCCAGAUACUUUACAGUGUUAGAUGCGAAUCAAGGAUAUUUCCAGCUACAGCUAGACGAACGCUCCAAUGACUACACAGUCUUCAACACAUCCUUCGGUAGAUUUCGGUACAGAAGAUUGCCAAUGGGCAUCACAUCCGCACCAGGAGACGCCAGUCAAUCCGGAAUAGGAUGUGUCCUGUUGCAAGAUCAGCGACCAGUGGCAUAUAGGUCUAAGGCAUUGACAACCGCUGAAUACGCGUAUGCACAGAUUGAGAAGGAAUUGUUGGUAAUUGUGUUUGCAUUCAAGAAAUUCCACACAUACGUGUACGGACGGACAGAUGUCACUGUCGAGACAGACCAUUUGCCCCUGAUCAGAAUCUUCCAGAAGCCAUUACAUCAAGUUCCACUCCGUUUACAGAAGAUGAGGAUGAGACUACAAGGAUACGACUUUACCUUAGUGCACAAGAAGGGAACAGAAAUUCCAGUUGCAGAUGCACUGAGCCGUGCGCACGUCAACGAACCAGGUCCAAUCCUUACUGGAGAAGACAUUUUUCUAACAAGAUUGGAAGAAUUAAAUAGCGUACAACAGACAAGCUCUCCAAGGAUGGAACAGAUCAGAAGAGAAACUGCACAAGAUUCUGAGCUGAAAUUACUUAGCCACAUUGUGAAAUCGUCGUCAGGAUGGCCCGAGAACAAGAGAAAACUUGAUCCGAGAAUCGCAGCGUAUUAUGACUUUCGAGAUGAAAUGAACAUUGUGGAUGGAGUAGCUUUCAAAGGAACAAGAAUCGUGAUACCACAGACAAUGAGGACAACAGCCAUCGAGAUGUUACAUGCUGCCCAUCAAGGAAUGGUAAAGACCAAACAGUUGGCAAGAGACCUCCUUUACUGGCCAGGGAUUAACAAACAGAUAGAAGAUACAAUUUCUCGAUGUGGACCGUGUCAAGAACACAGAGCCCGACAGCAGAAGGAAUCUCUAAUGCCAAUGCCAAUACCAACAAGACCAUUGGAACAUGUAGGAAUGGAUCUGUUUGACUGUCUUUAG